AUGAUGUCACCUCCAGAUUCCGUAAACCUGAAACCGCGAGUUGUAAACUUCAACAUCAUGGUAGCUGGACUCAGUGGCUUGGGCAAGACGACUUUUUGCAAGGCUCUUUUAGACUCAUGGAUGGAAUCAGCCGACGAAUCAUCGACAGAAUCAAUGAAAAAUAAAAAGAAGAACGGAGAGGGAGGUGGCAUCAACGCACAAACAAUGUCUGUCCGAGAAUCAUCUCCCUUGGAAUGGUAUGACGAUACGGCCAACACGUUACUGCGGGUGCGCAUUAUCGAUACACCUGGCUUUGGAAACAAGGUGAACCACCACAAUUCGGUUCAAGUAAUCAGAAAGUAUAUUCAAAGCUGCCGAAAGAAACAAAUGCAACAAGAAAUGUCGAGUCAACCAUCAUUGUCGUUUCGAGACAAGCAGGAGGAACGGUUGGUCCAUGUUUGCCUAUACUUUCUUAGCCCUGGAAGGUUCUUGGAAAUUGAUCGUCAUUUUCUCAAGAUUGUGCAACACGAAGUACCCAUUGUCCCCAUCAUUGCCAAGGCUGACACUUUGACGGACGACGAGAUAUCCGAAUACCGGGCUCUGUUGAAAAAGACCUUGGAAAAAGAACAAAUCCAAGUUUAUGAUUUCGAUUCCAUAGAAAUGGAUGGCUGGGAACCAAAAACGUUCGCACCUAACUUCUUUGGCAGAGGAAAAGGAAAGGAAAAGAGCAAUGCUACAGGAACAAAAUCGUUCCUGGAUACCGAUCGGUCGGACGCAAGGCUCAUUCGAGCGGUUUUGAAAAAGACCACCUUGCAAAAUCGAAAUUAUCGAGGUAGAAAGAAGAGUGAAGCACUAGCAAUCAUUGCUAGAGAUGGAAUUUACCCAUGGGGCGAAGCAGUAUCGCAGGAUCCCCAUCAUUCGGAUUUGCGACUGAUUCGAGACUUGCUUUUGUCGGAACACACCGAGCGGUUUUUGGAGCAAUCGCAAAUGCAAUAUCAACAAUAUCGGACGAAUUCUAUUGCUCGGGGGAAGGUUGUGGGUGGGUUAAGACAAUCUGCGUUGGUCUUUCUCGUAGCACUGCAACUUGCCACAACUUUCAAGCUGGACCAACGGAUGCGAAAAGUGUUUUCACACGCAACAAAUCUAUUAUUAUCUCUACGAACUCGUGAUUACAAACGAGACAAAGAGAUACAACUGCCUAUUGAGGUUGAAGCAACUGAUGAUACUCUAAUAUUGCUGGAAGAAACACCUAGUGCAGAAGAAAAACCGAGCGUAGAAGAAAGCGAAACCGGUCGAACUCGAGGGAUUUUUGGACUGUUUGGGACUCCUUCCUACGACCACAGCGUUGGCCAACCUAGAUAA